AUGUCCGCUGCAUCCGCGGGGCUGCUAGGAGCUCGCCCAGAAGGCCAGCUUGUAGAGUUCUUCAUCGAGAGAUGCAAUGAACGUUUGGUGGAGUACAUUGACUCGAAUGCCUUCCGAGAAGCACCUGACGACUCCAAGCUCUUCAGCUGCAUCAAAACACGGUUGAAGAUGAACGCGCCUCAUGUAGCAUCCGGGACGUGGGCACAGGCGAUGGCGAUCAUGGCCCGGCCCGAAAACGUGUCGACGUUGCUGCGCCAGCAACACGGGAUGGUGUCGGAGAUCGCCAGGGCCACGCGAACCGAGCCCGCGUCGAACGCCUCAGACCUGGCCUACAAGGCCAUGAUUGCAGCCGCAUACGGUGUCGCGGAGGUCUCGAUGCUGUCCGACAAGUCGGACGGCUUUCACGACACGUGGCGGACGCUGGAGCGCGAGCUGGCGCUGUGGGAACGACGCGGCUCGCGGCGCUGA